UUCCUUGUGGAUAAUUCCACUCCCACACCAUUUUGUGAUAUUGCCAAUAUCAACAAUCCUGAUACUUCUAAGAAAGUAAAUAAUUCUUUAAUAAAAGCAUUACUGAUUUGCUAAGAUAAAAAUUCCACUUGGCAGAGAGACAUGGAAGACAGGUUUAUUGUGCUGGACAACCAUGAAGGUAGGUCAGCUACAUGCUUUCUGGAGAUUCUUGAUGGCUGUCACAGUGUGACAGCUACAGAAACAAUUGUAGCAAAGCUUCCACUUCUAUUUCUUGAACAGCUUUCUCACACGGAUUCCUCCCACAAAAUAAGUGACAAAGAGCAAAUUCUAGAAUUUUUUGCCAGAGUAAUCAAGGCAGAUUACAGAGAAAAAGAGAAGAACCAGAUAAUGAAGAGACCACAAGCCCAGUCUAUUAGGAAAGUGUAUGCUAAGUCCUUUUGGAGAACCAGAUUUUUACAGCUGGGACCAAAUGAGGUUUCCAAAGUUCACUGGAGUGGCUCUUCAGUGGGAAAAAGAAUUCCUAGUGAAGAGAUGGAUGGCACUGGGGAAGAAAGAAAACAUCCUCAUCCUGAAAACAACACAUACCACCCAUUAGCCAGGACAGCAAAAGGUGUUCCUGGGCUACUGCACCUUGCUAUUAUAGGCAAGUACAUUCCACACCAGGAUUUUUUUAAUGGUGUAAACAUCAGCACUAAUAAACGGUUUGUAGAGGGAUACCUGAGAACUAUAAGGGCUCUUGGACAUCACAGAGCUCCAGUAAAAAGAACAUCUGUUAUACCUGUACCUCAUACUGCAUUUGUCCCUAUCAAUGUUAUUUGCCAGUUUCUUAUUUUGGCUUCUAGCGGGCUUUGAGGGGUGGUUUUGGACUACCUGAAGUACUUGCACCAACUCUUAACAUUCACUCAUGAUUUGAGAAUGCAUGAACGCUGUUCAACAAAACAGGACAUCGUGUGUCAGCAUCUAGUAUCCCUCACUGGAGACAACUUAACUGACUCAAACACUAAUAAUCAUCUUCAAGACAGAAUACAGCUAUUUUAUUCCAAUAAAAGUAUUUUUCAGAGUGACUCAAAAGGCAACCUGAAACAAAAUCAGUGAAAAUGUUCUAGGAAGAAUUAUAGGCAUAGUAAAAAUUCUAGCACACAAGGUGACUCUGAAGAACUCAGUUUGAAGACAGAAAAUUUUAUCUCAGUUUUCAUCCACACUGAGACUUCAGAGCAAGAAGAAACCAACACUUUCUGUGAAACAGGUCCAAGUCACAGCUAUAAACAGCUGCAAGAGAAUGUGCUGGCAUGAAGGUCUAAAGCCAUGAAAAUGCUCCCAAAAUAGACAAAACCAUGCUAGCUAAUUCUGACUCAAAUACACAGCUGGCAGAAAAAGAUGGACUCCAAUUCAUUUUGUGACAAAGUUAAUGCAGGUGAUGUUGGUCAAGAACUGCUAAAAACUGUAUCACCACUGGGUUCUAAACCACCACCACAGUUUGAAAAAGACACAAAAAUUGUAUCUGAUCGAUUACAAAUCACAAGCUGCAGAAGAGACAGUCAGCUCAGAGACACUGCAAUGCAACAAGUCACCUUGUGAACAACUGGCAAAGACUGCAUUAGCUGCAGGUUGAAGAGACAAUAUUACUAUUUUGAUCAUACUUCUAAAUGGAUGUGUUAAGAUACCCCAUUACCUCAACAUUUAAAGAUUUAUCACAGGAUAACUGGAGUGCCACAAUAUAUAUAGGACAAGCUUAUAUUUAGCUGUGCCAUGAAUUUAUUGUAAGCAUCUUAAAUGCUGACCCAUACAGUGAAUCAGACAUCUUGUCUGGAACUGUACAAAUGCAGUAAAACCUCCUGAAACUUUCAAUAAGAACCAGUAAUCAAAUUUUUUUUAAACCACUUUAUUCAAACCUGAGCACCUCAAUAUAAAACUAAACACUGGUGAACUGUCAUUUUUCUUGCUAAACCCAGAUUACUGCAAAUUUAAAAUCUGCACAAGUAAGUUUCUAUCAGUUCAACAUUUAAAUAGACUAAUUCAUCUCUUCUGACACACUUUGUAGAUUUCAUAUAAUGAAAAUAACUAAAAGAAUUAGUGCAAUAUACUGGACUGAUCAAAAUAAAAUGUACUUUGGAAAACAAAGUUGCGAAGUUCAUUACUGACAGACAGCAGUACUUAUGUUACAGAUAUAGGAGCAUCAUUUAUUACUGUUCUAGCCAUAAAGGAAGAACUCAGAACCCCCUUUGAUUAGAGAGGAAAAAAGUUAGCUUUAAGUAACUGUACAUUCUGUAUACCUUUAAGCAACUCUUAAAUAUUACAGAAAGUAUUAAACAAAUGUAGACUACAAUGCAGAGUACCUAUUUACAGUACAUUAAUAUCCAAAUUUAAAAUCAAGUUGGAUGUACAUAAUCGUUAGUGCACUAUAUUUUUUUUCCUUAGGGGAAAAACAAACUGUAAUGGCCAGCAAUGAUCAGAAACAAGAAAGAAGU